AUGUUCCGCACUGCAUUUAUCUGCCGUCGACGGGCGGUGGCGCUCUUUACAUUUAAACACUUUCGUCCCCGCCGUCGUCUUCCCAUGACGCCGGCAAAUGUCCCUAACGUCUUUGCCGAAACAUUAGACCCGCGCGAUCGGCUGUUGCGGCAGUCAAGUGCGGGCGCCGGGGCCUCGCGGUUUUUGGUGCUGGACGGGCAGCAGCGUGUGCGUGGUGUUUAUCACCCCGUCUUGUGUCUUCCAUACCCCCGCGAUGGCGAUGGGGUGCUUGGCAUCACAGUAGAGACAUAUAUGCAGCGGGUGCAGGAGAAACAACAACAACGAGAGCAGAAGAAGGAAGAAGAGGGAGAAAGUGCGGCGGCGGCGGGUUGUGUGUUUGUGGUGCUCGCCCACGGGAAUGGACUCACAGCGGCCGCGUACGCCGCAGACGGCGCCUGCACAAUGCUGCCAAUGCAUGUGAAGAUGACAGGCACCACUACGUGUGAUAUGCGGCCAUUCGUUGGGGCCGCCCGACUCGCAGAUGACUUUGCUGUUAUGACUGCAGAAUACUUUGCGGAUUGUAUUCAACCAUGCAAUACCUUUCUCUUCCUCUCCAACACCAAUAGCAGCAACAGCAGUAAUGCCUCUGUUUGUACCUUUGGCGGAAUGCGAGCCGCAUGGCGAGAACGGGGACUUGAUGAUGUCUCCCCACUCCGUUUCGAUGACCCACGCUGGGUUUCACUCCCAGACACGGUUGUUCGUCAGCCGUACAAUAUCUCUGGGAGUACGAAUGAUAAUAAUAACAAUAGCAACAACAACAACAACAACAACAACAACAAUAAAACGCCGUUUUUUGAACGAGACAUCGAUGGAGACCGCGUGCCAACAGCUGCCGGACUUGCCGCUGGUAUGCAGGCGGGUCUGCUUGAGUUAGAUACAUAG